AUGCAGAUCGCGUACCUCCAGCUGCUGCAGCAGCAGCAGCAGCAGUUGCACGCGCUGCAGCAGCAGGCGGCACAGCAGCAGCAGCAGCAGCAACAGCAGCAACAGCAGCAUCAGCAUCAGCAGCAGCAGCAGCAGCAGCAGCUGCGGACGCUGCAUAAGGAGGCUCUCCUGCAGCAGCUGGUGGCGGGCGACGUGCCAGCGGGCAUGCUGCUUGGCGGCAGUGGCGGCGUCAUGUUGCCAGCAUCAGGGCCGCUGCCGCCAAUGAUAUCCGUCUCUAACGACGAGAACCUCUGGUCUGCCACUGGCAGCCUCCUGCUGUCCUACAGCCCAAUGGACGCCGGCGGUAUGUCAGGGACUGGCGCUUUCCUGCUGGGCGGCAGCGCGGCAAACUUGCCAGCGGCGCCGGGCACUCUUCUCGGUGGCUUGGAGAUCCUGUCGAGCAGCAACAACGCAAGCCUGUUUACCGACGUGCACUCCGAUGCGCGCUCCGCAAAGGGUUUUGACGCUGGCUUGCAGCAGCAGCAGCAGCAGCAGCAGCAGCAGCAGCAGCAGCAGCAGCAGCAGCAGCAGCAGCAGCAGCAGCAGCAGCAGCAGCAGCAGCACCACCACCACCACCACCACCACAGCGGCGCUGGGACCAAUCUGUCGGCACCUGCGAGCAUCAACCCAAAUGCGCCAGGCGCGGUGGGCGUCGGGGUGGUGUCAACGAUUGAUGAACAGAUGGGGGUGGGGGCCUUUAGCCUGCGCUCAGCGCCUGGACCCUACAAUAUGGGGGCGAGUGGCAUCCAGUGGGCGGGUCGCAUCCAGUGGUGA